AUGGAGUCUGUGGAGAAGCACAAUACCUUGGGCGUUAUUCGUCUAGAAGAAGCAGGAGUAGAAGAAGCAGAGCAGACGGCAUUGGAGGAACCGGAACAAGAUGAUAUAUGUCCGAUCUGCCGCGAGCUCUUGUUCCAGCCAGUGACCAGCUCCUGCCAACCAGUACCACACACGGCAUGCUAUCGGUGUAUCAUGACCUGGGUUCCGCACACAUCGACCAGCGCAGGAGUCGCCCACUACAGGUGUCCAUAUUGUCGAUCCGAGACCUUUUGUUCAGUCGACUACUACCGCCAACGCACCUUGAGACAUAAAUACCCUCAGUCCAGCAGCGCGAAGGAAUCCGAAUACCUGCGAGGCUUGCAAGUCGCGCCUUUCUUCUUGCUCUUCGGAGACACCCCAAGUCACCAGCACCGACUGGGAUGCUACCUAUUGUGCUCCCUGCCUAGUGUCACGAGCGCGGUUCAUUUUCAGCCCUGGAGUAGGGUUCAAUUGGGGCAAGUCAUUACUCGCCGAGAAUACCCAUACCAAGUUCUGGUCGCCGAGCAGAAGGUCAGCGACAUGGAAAUAUCUAUUCAGCUUACUGAGGGCUGGGAAUGGGACACGCCCACUGCCCCUUCGCAAACAAAGGUGGCCGGUGACCCAUUCUACAUCUCGAAUAACAAACUCUCUUUAUGGUUUGCGUUGGUCCCUGGCAGCAGGAUUUCGCAUUCAAUCAAUUCUGUACGGGUGAAGAGGGUUCAAGAACGACCAAGUUGAAUUGGAAAAAUGUCUAACCUUUGUCACAUCUUGGUUGCCCGUUUACUGCACAAGAUACAAACACUAGAACUCAUUUGGGCCUCACCUUCUCGAGGUCCCUCAGCGAACUAGCGUUCCUCCCGUGUAG